AAGUCUCCAUUAUUAGUGAUGUGCAUUUAAUUGUGGUAAUUUGAAAAAAAUAAAAUCCAAUCUUUUUUCCUGAAAAACAAACUCUGCCUAAUUCAAUACCAUACAUUAUUGUAGUCAAUCAACUACGCCAAUCUCUUCUUCCUUAUUUUACACACACCUAAGAUGCAGAUGCAUAUCUAUCCCUGUUUCCUGAGUCUUCUGUCCUGUUUCUGUGAAAAAAUGGAGUUUGAUCGCAGAGAACUACUAAGCUCAAAGAAGAGCUUAAUUGCAAAUUAUAAGACCCGUUUGGAAAUAAGUGUCGAACAUCAUGAUCUUCCACCAAAACAACCAACGAUAUUUUCUCCUCCACUUCCUGAAGACCUGAAUCAAAACCAUGUCAGCAAAACCAGCACGACCAUCAUGGCCUGUGUGUUUGGUGGUUCACUUCUUCUGGGCAUCCUAUGCAUAGUUUCAAGACUUUACUACAACAGGCGAAUAAAUUCCAGAAGGUCGAGAAGUCUACCAGUAGUUUUUGGUACCCAAGAAGCUUUUCUUGAUGAAGAUCAAGGACCAGAAAACAACCGCCACAUAUGGUACAUCAACUUCUUCGGUCUCCAACAAUCUGUGAUCGAUUCAAUAACAGUCUUCAAGUAUAAGAAAGAUGAAGGGCUGAUUGAUGGUACCGAGUGCUCCGUUUGCUUGACUGAAUUUCAAGAAGAUGAGAGUCUGAGACUAUUACCAAAGUGCAGUCAUGCUUUUCACACACCUUGUAUUGAUACGUGGUUAAGAACACACAAGAACUGCCCUCUCUGUCGUUCCCCUAUAGUAUCCGAUAAUUUUGUUGCUCAAGUUGCUGUACCGGUGCCUACUACGAGUGAUAUGAGUUCAAGGGAAGAACCCCAGAUGGAAAUUUCUGAGAAUAGCACUCCUACUGGACUACGAAGCAGUAACCAGGCAGGAGAAGAAGGAAGCAGUGAGGUGAGAAAUGGAGAAGAAACAAUCUGCGGAUUGCCAAUUGAAGAUAAUACAAGUGCUGGAAAUUCAAGCUUUUGUUCGAACCACUCUAUUUCCAGGAAUCCUCGGAUACGAAGUGAUUUAGUGGACAAUAAGCUGGUGGUGGUAGAAUCAGAAAUGCAAACUCUGAGGAGGUCUGUGUCAUUGGAUUUCUCCGCCGCUUCGGCAGUUUAUAAUGUGGUGGCUAAUGUUGUUCCUGGUAAAUGUCAUGCAAACUCAGACAGUCUAUUAGUCCAACCAAAGCAACCGAAAACGAAGAAUGUUGCCAAGCGAGGAAGUAGUGGAAACUUGGGCUUUCACAAGCUAAUGAAAAAUUCUUCAAAAGGGCGUUCACUACAGAAAGGGCCUAUUUCAAUGAAAAGAUCUUUUUCAACUAGUGGGAAAUCCUUGUCAUCCAGAUGUAGCAGAAGCCAGAACACGAUCCGCUCUUUCUAAGGCACAAGUUCUGAUUUGCAGAAUCAAGGAGCCUAGACAUAUGUGAAAUAUGCAUAUCUUGUUUUAAUUUCGCACCGAGUUAAGAGUAUAUAAAACCAUAAAGUGAAGUCUUGUAUAAUUAAGGACACUAGGAAGUCUUCAUCUGAGACGAAGUAGUUGUGUAACUAUAUACAUGUUUGCUGUUGUUCUGGUGGUUUUGGCAGUCAGAUUCCUGCUGGUCAAGUUUUUGGAAGCUCCAUUCCUGGAAGCCUUUUUGGUUUUUGGAAGCUCCAUUUGAAAAAUUUAGUGGUGUAGCUUUUUUUAAUCAAGUAGGAUCGAUUUUAAAUAAUUUUAAUUUACAUGGCUAUUAUAUAAUGCAGAAAUAAAUGCCUCUUUUUGUGUAA